AUGUACCAUCAGAGAGACGAAGCCAAAGCAACAUCUCCUCCUUCCCAUCAAUCUCCUCCAACCAAGACUCCUCUCAAUUCAAAGCUUGCACUUCUCUCCAACAGUCCUUCGAGCAACAAUGAUCAUCCUGUGCUCUCGUCAAGAAAAGCCUGCAACACCCCUUUAAGAAUAUUCUCUUCGGAAAAGAACACUCCCAAUCAACAACAUCCACAACGUAAAGUGAACUUCCAAUCCCUCUCUUCAAAAUCACCUCCUUCCAAAGAGCUCGACUUGAAGAAAGCUCGAGCUCAAGCCUUAAUGGAAUCACCAAAAAGUCCUCGGAAACGAAAUGAAGCAAUUAUGAUCUCACCUCGAUUAAGGUCGGAACCCAUGAUGGGAUGUGAAUCAUGGGAAGUUGUUUCAAAACAAGAUCUCAGCCAACGAGAAUCAAUAGCCGCUGAACGAUUUUUACGAUAUUUACAAAAUAAUCAAGCCAUUUCAAUGGAACAUGCAAGAUUAGCAUUUUCCAGAGUAAACACUGAUGUUCUAUUAUCGGAGGAUGAAACAUCUUCGAUCAAAUUCAUUCGAUUGGAAGAGCUUGAAAAAUUAUUGAAGGACCUACCUCCACAAGACGAAAAGCAAUACAUUUUGGAAUGGUUAAAUGAUUUACCUGGUCAAGAAGAUGUCCAAAAAAUUACAAAGAAUGGAAUGGAGCAUGUUUUGGCAGAGACACAGGACCAAAAGAGUGGGACGCCCACAAUAGAGAGUCUCAAUCAUCAAAUGGAAAAUUUCAAAAACGUUUUCACUCAAGUGAGUGAAAAGAUAUUUAAAAAGUGGAUAUUAUCAAACCGAUUGGAGACAAUAGUUUCUCAUCUCAUGUUGGCCUAUAAGGAAAUGAAAGAUCAAAUUUUCUCUUAUCGGCCAGAAAUACUUGUACAAUAUAGUAUUGAGGAAUUAGUUAAAAUGGAAGUUGAAAAACAAUUAAGCAUGAAAACCUUAUCGAACAAUUCUAUGGUGCACAACCAUGACACCUCUCAACUUAAAAAAGACUAUGAACGUUUGAAUCACAAAAUAGAUGCUUGCAUUAAGGACCUUGUUAGUAAAAACGACCAAGCUCUUGAGCUCAUGAUGGAUAGGAUUCUACAAGAUUCGGAGGAGCAAUUCUCUUUUUUAACAUCAAGCAUUGGAAAUUUACAAAAAGAUAUUCUCAAACUUCAGCAUCAAAACAUUGCUUCCACUCUUCCUAUUUCACUGCCUUCGUUAAGCUCAGAAAAUCUUAAAAGCGACUCCAAAGAAGGCAGGCUGAUUGCAGAAGAUUUGAUUAAAAUGAAACAUGCUUUCGAAACCAAGCUUAAAGAAAUUUCUGGAAACAUGUUUGGUCAGUUAGAAAGCACUAGCAAUUUUUUGGAGCGAUGUAAUAAUAUUGAAAAAACUGUCGACAAGAAAUUCCGUGAAUUCAAAUCAAAAUCAGAGAAAGAAAUAAGUGGUGUGAACGACAGGAUAGAUUCCAUGAAAGCACUAAUUUCCGAGAAUGAUUCAAAAUAUUUGAAAGCGAUCGGGAGCCAAAGCUGGUCUGAGACACAAACAAACCCGCAGCACCAAUUUUCUUUUGAAACAAAAUUAGAGGAAACGAAAAAAUAUUUCGCCCACCAAAUCCUCCAACUCUCACAAAAUAUUGAUCAUCUACUCAAGAAUCAAGAUGACUCCGAGAAGAGUAUGCAAACAAUUGCAAAAUCAAAUAUUCAGUUAACUCAAGACAUUCACCUCCUUCACACAGAAAAUUAUAAGAGUCGCGAAUUACAAGAAAUUAAUGAGGAGAAAAUUUCAAAAAUUGAAAUUGAAAUUGAAUCACUCCGAAAUGUACUAGACAAAACACUCCAUGAAGGAAACUCUUCAAAGGACGUUAUGAAAAAUUUUGAACAUGAUCUAGAAAGUCACAGAGACACAAUGACCAAACUACAGUCAUCCAUUGAAAUAGCAUCAGAAAAACUCUCUAGUGUUCAACAAGAAAUUAAGACUGUAACUAAUCAUCAAGAAUCGCUAGAAUGCGCCGUGGAUAAUUUACGGCAAGACCUUGUAUCUAAUACCAAAGAUUUACAGCAACAUUUAAAAUACCAGCUUGAUACUAACAAAUACAUUGAAACAGCUCUCAUGAAUUUAGAGAACGUGAGAAAUGAAAACCGGAAUUCCAUACAAAAUAUAGAAAUCAAAUUUACAGAACGAGAUUCUCUAGUUGCGUGUAUUCAGAAAGACUUGGAAAUUAUGAGAGAGAAUGCAUUUAAUUUCAACCAGUCGCUAUUAUCUUUUAAAGAAGACUGUAAAAAUGAUAUAGAACAAAUGACAGCGAAUACGGACGAUAUUACAAAAUCCAUAACGGAAAUUAAAUCGUUCUUUACAGAAGAGUUGAACCAAAUCAGACAGAAAUUAGAAGAACACCAUAAUGAAUCGAACCAAUCUUUUCAAGAGAAGGAAGAUAAAAUUUCAGAGAUCCAAACAACAAUUCUUGAAAUGAAAUUGGAUCACGAAAACACAUUUUCAUGCCACAGCACUAAACUUGAGAUGUUAACGUCACUGAAGGAAGACAUUUCCUCAGUAAUCCAAAGACAACAAUUAUUCGAAACAGAGAUACGACAAUUGGCUGAAACCCUUUCAACGCAAAUGAAUCAGCUCCAAACUCACCAUAAGACCAUUAUUCAACCUAGCUUACAAGAAUAUCGUUUAACAUUUGACACGUUAGGAAUUUGGAGGGCAGGUAUUGAGGAAACAAUUGUGUUGUUGAAAAAGAAGUCACAAGAAAUGCAGAAUGGACACGAUCAAAUUGAAUCGGAAAUGCAUUCUUUGGAAAAAAUGGUAAAAGAUUUGGAUAAGAAAUACACAUCUCAAUUGAAUGACAUGAUUAAACAGGAAUUGAAUGAUUUAGAGAAACGCAUGAAUGAAUUGAAUACAAUAGUAACCUCAAAUGGGCUGAAACUCGAUCAAUAUGCUUUGACAUGUAAAAAAGAUAUUGACACACUUUCAAAGAGCAGCUCAACCAUCAUAGAUGCACUCCAUCAUUCUGAGCGAGGAUUAUUGGAUAAACUCUCUGUCACGAGUCAACACAUUGAAUCUAUUCAAAAUUGGAAAAGUAACAUUGAUAUUCUAACCCAGAACCUUCAACGCGAGGUUGACAAAGAAAAAGUAGCAACGGAACAAUUCUCGCAGGACAUGGCCAAACUUCAAGCAUGGAAACAAGAGACUGACGACAGCUUGUCUUUGUCUCGCCAACAAAUUAUGGAUUUACAGUCAAGCAAAGAACAGCUCGAAAAUUCACUUCAAGAAAAGUUGAAUAUUUCUGAGCAGAAACAGAUAACAAUUAUCAACGUAGCUCAUGAGGAAUUUAUACGGAUUGAAAGUAAGCUCAAUGAAGCGUUGGAGUCUAUAUCUACUUUACAAACGAACACAAAUAAUUUGGAAGAAAGUAUGCUCGAUAGAAUUGGAAUCGUGGACGCAAAAGCUGAAUCACUUCUGAACGAAUGGAAAGAGACCAAGCAGACUAUAGAUGAUGCAAUCAAAAAUGUGGAGCUCGAGAUUUCAGAAAAAAUCACUACCCUACAUAGCACUUUUGAAUCAAAAUUGGAAAAGAGUAAUAUUGAUCUGCUCACUGCUUCUGAAAGUAUUGUGACCAACGCACUUGAACAUGUGAAUACACGUAUUGCACAUUUACAAGAAUGGAAUACAAAAUUGGAAGAAUCCACUGCACAGCGUAUAUCAUCCAUACAUGAAACCAUGCUACAAACCCAUCAAUCCACCUUAGAAAAUUAUCUACACUCCACUGUUUCUCAACAAGUGGAUUCAUUCAACACGUGGAAAGUAAACGCAGAGCAGAAAAUGGCAGAUCUCUCACACUAUGUACAUGAUAGAAAGGAACAUGACGAUCGUAUGGACAAGACUGUGGAAUCACUGAAGACCAUGAUUCUCAAUAUGGAAACGUUGAAUGGCACCUCAGGAGUGCAAGAGAAAAUAAUGAACAUGGUGCAAAAUCAAGUGGCGUCUAUUCAUGACAAAUUUGAUGAAAAAUUCUCAAUUCAUGAAACUAGUAUUCAAGAAUUGAGAGAUGCGACCGAGCAAAUGAGAAAUCAGUUUACCUCCAUGAGUCAAACUGUAUCGAAUGUGGAACUGUCUCUCAAGCAACAACUAUUGACCAUGUUGGAAAAUGCAAAUUUGACAUGUGUCACGAGGGUCAAUACUAUGGAACAGACCUUACAAAAACGAGUAGAAACUCUUUCAACAAGUAUCGAUCAAAGAAUGGAUCAACACUUGAGAAAUACGGAGGCCAAAUUGAAUAUUUCCUCAACAUCCUUCCAAGAACUUGAAAAGAUGACUCAACAACUGUUCCAACUCGACCAUCAGUUACAACAAUUAACUCAACAUGUCGCAACUCUGGAGAGUCAAAAAAUCAAAGAAUUAGACGACAACAUUGUGGAUAUUUACAAGAAGAUUGUCAAGCUGUAUGGGCAAAUGGACAUGCAAGGGGAGUUGUCCAAGUUGAUGGAGAACAUUAUUGGAAUACAGGCUGUUUUGAGUGAAAGUCAUCGAAAUAUUAGAGACAUGUGUGAUCGAUCAUUGCACCAUAUGGAGACGCAUGCUGUUGAAUUGGUCACAGAUUUUUGCAACAUGAUAGACAAGAAAAGAGAAGCUGCUUAUUUGGCAACCUUUUCUACGUUGCCAUUGACAGGUGCUAGUGGGGUUUCCAAUCAAUCCACAACGUUCCAGUCAAUGAGUGGAGAGACAGUGUCCGAUAGGUCGGCCUCUGUACAAAAUAGUAGUAGUGGCGAAGCCAUUCCUCUCCAUCAUGACGACCAAGACGAUGUUGAUGCUGAAUAUUCUAGCAUGAUGCAACAAAUUCUGUUGUUGCAAUCAAUGGCUCAGAAUUUGUCAUCUCCACAACAACAAACCAACAAGCCUUAA